GGCACGCUGUGGGACGAACGGAGUCGUCUUUACAAAUAUAAUCCUGGUGUGAUGGCAUCGGAAACAGCUGGGAGGUACUCAAGAGAUGGGUCGGAUUUCAUGGACCAAGCGGCAACCCUCUAAGCAGCUGGUCAGGAUUGUAACCAUACCUGAGUUAGGAGUAUAUUAAUUCCUCGCCGGCCCAGGGAUUCCCUUCCAGCAAAAUGUCAGGCAUCCAGGAGGCCACCAUGAAGAGCAUCCGCCCGUACAAGUCGAGCGAGCAGUACUUGUACGCUAUGAAGGAGGACCUCGCUGAGUGGCUGAAAGAACUGUAUGAUCUGGAAGUCGACGCAGACUCCUUCCUGGAGGUGCUGGAGACGGGCACUGCGCUCUGCCACCACGCCAACAACAUCACCCACGUGGCUCAAGAUUUCAGCCAGGAGUACCCGAGCUUGGCCCACAAAAUCCAGCUGCCCAGGUUUGGCGUUACCUGCAAUGAGUCGGCACAACCAGGGACAUUCCAAUCCCGGGACAAUGUGUCCAAUUUCAUUCGAUGGUGUCGGAAGGAAAUGGACAUUAAAGAAGUCCUGAUGUUUGAGACGGAGGACCUUUGUACAAGGCGCCUUAGAAUCCAGAAAUCUCUUUGUCCUCUGCCUCUUUGAAGUGGCCCGUCUGAUCAUUCCCUUCAAGCCGUUUUGGCAUGGUGCUUCCUGUUCCUAAUCCAAAUGGAGAGGAGGAGGUCAGAGAGGGAAAUCUUCGGGGACAUGAAUUUGCCCCCUGAGGAAACGCCACUCCCCAGGCCUCAAAGGCAGCUGCGGAACUUCAAGAACCUGGACCAGAUGGUCCAGCACCUGGUCAGCCGCUGUACUUGUCCAAUUCAGUUCUCCAUGAUCAAAGUGUCUGAAGGGAAGUACCGUGUGGGCAACUCCAACACGCUCAUUUUCGUCAGGAUCCUGAGGAAUCAUGUGAUGGUACGUGUGGGUGGCGGCUGGGACACUCUGGAGCAUUACCUGGAUAAGCACGACCCCUGCCGAUGCACCUCGCUGUCUCACAAGCAGUGCUUGAAGACGACCAGCCAUCAGAGGGGAAAAGGAACACCAGUCCAGCACGAAAUCACAGCCCGCCUAACACACAGGACGAGCAACGCCAGCAAACCUCAGCCUGCUUUAAUUGUGAGCAGAUCCCAAAGCCCGCUGCCCCCGGUGGAGUGGAGGACCUACACGGCCCAAGGUCUUGGCACUCGCCGGAAAAGCCUCUCAGCUUCGCCCCCGGGCCACAGUGGUACUUUGAAGAAGGCUGUAGGAGUCCAGAUUUCACAGGACCACUCGGAACCCAGGAGGGUUCCUUCAGCCAGAGGGAGAGAACGGCCCGCCACUCCUUCUUCGAGGCCGCUGGCCCCUGAAGAGAAGCCAGCAUCCAAGCAGCCUGCUCAGAGUGGAAGGGAGACAUUGCAAGAACAGCUCUCCUGCCAGCAGAACAGAAGCCCAAACUCACAUCCUUCAAAAACGCUUCCAGAAACACCACGAGGAAGAGAGACCAAGAGAAUCCAAAUGGCAGCUCUUCAGAAGGAGAAAGUCGAAAGGUUACCGCCAUCUGUUCCAGCUAUGCCAAGGGACCGAUCGUCUCAGUUGCCAGGAAACGUCCACCAGGAAGCAAAGUGUGGGUCCCUGCAGGCCUGUCCUCCCAGCCCUCCCAAGCGCUUUCAGCCCCCCACCCAACUGGCAUCCAAGAGCCAAGCAGUCAGCUUGACGGGGCUGGGGGAAAGAGUGACAGGGUCACAAGAGUGGAGGAUGGGCCCCCUUACAAAGCGACCACCCACCCCAGUAAAACAAGCACAUCAGGUUCUCAAAGAGGACAGUGGCAUUAAGGCCAUGGAGAGAGCUGGGCCAACUCUCUGCAGGCCCCCAACUCCUAGUAAGAGCUACCAAAGGGAGGUCUGCUUCAGAAACAGGGAUAGACACCUCUUGCAAUGUGCACCAGCCACAAAAGACGUGGUCAGUCCUGAAAUGGGUUGGGGCAAGACGGGCAACCUGAAGACCGGUGUGUUUUCGGAUCACUCAAGGAUCACAAACUGCCGAACAUACUCAGGACAAAAAAUGAAAGAGAUUCAAGCCUUGUUGAAGGAGGAGAAGCCCCCCAAAGAUUCUUGUGAAGACAGCAAAGGAAGUCACGGAUAUCCCAAGGAGAAGGAACGAGUUUACACGCCAUUGCCCAUUGACCAGGCUGAAGAGCAAGCUCUCUACCAGAGUCUGGAGGAGGAGAUUUUGUCCAAUAUCAAGGAGCUGGAAUCAGAUUCCAAUGUCAGUCCCCAUCUCAAAGGGAACCAGAUGAGAGGUUUUAGGACGGAUUGUGGUUUAAGGAAGGACACCCUAGCCUUUGGUUGUAAUGGCCCAAGGUUGUCCACACACACUCUAUCUGGUUUGCCGAGUGCCAAGGAGGCCUUGGUUGGUGAGAGUGUGCCUCGGAGCGGAGUCUAUGUGCCAGGCUGUGAUGUAAGAUGGCCCCCAGUGGGACUUCAUUAUGACAGUGUCAUCCAAGAGCUGUCCAGGACAUUGCGUAGGGAGCAUAUGGAGGCUGAGAGAAAUUCACCUCAGUUAAGUCCAUCGCUGGUCAAUGGAGACCAGGCUGCAGAGAUUGUUCAGGAGAAAGUAGCCAUUCAUGAGGAGAAGAGUGUGGUUAUUGAGUCAGAAGGCAACGAACCACUUCGUAACACCCAUGAAAGACAUGCGGAAGUCAACAGAAAUGGUGAUACCUUUGAGCCUGAGGUGACAUCCGAUAAAGCCACCAGUUCUCCUGCAAGCUCACCAGACAACUCACAACCACCUCAGAAUAGGCCAAGAAGGUCUCUGAAGAAACCAGAGCGAGUGCCAUCUAUUUACAAGCUCAAGUUGCGUCCCAAGAUGCGACCACGCAGGGACAAUAGGCCUGGGAAAAAACCUUCAAAGAUCCCCAAACCAGUCUUCUACAGGCAUGCUCGAAGAGCAUCUGGUACCAAGGCUCAGGCAAAGACCCACAGCUCUGAAUGCCCAACCCAGAACGGUUUCACCAACAUGAGGGAAAACAUCACAGGGGUUAAAGGGUGUAUGGAAGAGGUCCCCCAACACAGCCCAUCUUCAAAGGGCAGAGAUUCUGGUAGGAAAAGAGUCACACCAAAAGGGCUAAUAGAUGAUGAGGGAUCCUGGGUGUGACAUCACAUGCUAGUUUUGACUCUUCAGAAGCAAAAGCUUAGCAACUGUAUAGUCAACACUGAGGAGGUUGGGCCUCCCAUCAGAUGUUGUAGCCAUUCCCAUCAGCCCCUUCCAUCGGAUGUUGUAGCCAGAAGACUGUUCAUUUGUUAAACAACGGGCCUUUCCCCACUUUUCCCUCUACCGCCGUCGCUGCGCACUACUCACUGCGCGCUACUCACUGCACGCGUCAUUUCUGGCGUGCGCCCUGGCUUCCC